GUCUGCAGUAGAAAUUCAUGUUCAUCAGAUGUGGCCUAGUAGUUAGGAAUUCGAGAUAUGUUAAGCGGAUGAAUAUUAAAUGUUCAGUGCGUUCUGUUUUAAACAUUCUUUUGACUACUGCUUAAUAAUAAUGCACUGAAAUUUGCCAUUUUUUCGUACCAACCCGAGAGACAAUUUUUCACGACAAACGCGGUUAUUUGAAAGUUGAUUUUUCACUAGACGUAAUUUGAAUGUACAGUACAGUAUAUUUGCAUGUUAUUUCUUUCAGUUUUUAUUUGCUGUCAGACAAUGUUUCCAUAUCUUUAGGUGCAGUUCCUGUACUCAACCCUACAGUGUGCAAAAAAAGACGGUGGAAAAAAUCUGCUCAUCAUGCUGAUCCGCACAAAGCCAGAUCCAUAGUCAGAGAAAAAUGUGUAGAAACUGAAAUUCUAGCCCUGGAAACCCAAGGUGCCCUUCUGCUUCAACAAGGCUAUGAAGCAAUUACAAUUUCAGGAGGUCCCAAUUCAGUUAACGCGGUGAUGGUCGAUUAUGCUAAUAUGGCAGCUAAGGAACAUGCCUUAUUGCUUAAUCGGAUUGAAAUCGCGACGUCGGAAGAAGAGCGUCUUGUUCUAGAAGAACUGUCCAGUCGCAACCAGUAUGUUGCCCCGCUACUGCCUAUUCACAUUGGCGGUGUUAAGGGCCGAACUUAUAGCUAUUUCGUAGAACUGAGCUCUGAUCAGACACAGCCAAACUGGAAUGAUCUAGCCCCCUACGCCCGCUUGAUACAGCGUGUUUGCUAUAAAUUCGGAAAGGCUGGGCGUGAAUCGGUGACAGACGUUACACCUACCUACUUAACGAGUAACAUUUUGGCGAUCUUGAGGGAAGCGGAUUAUUUGUCAAAUAAAAUAUUACGGGAUUCGGGUUGCUAUAAUAAGAAGCUAGCGCAGAUGCUAAUCAUCCAAUCUUGAUCCCUUUCACUUUGAUCGCGAUUCUAGUCAACGCAUUCCAUCAUGCCAUUGAUCAUUCUUUUCACAGGACUUUAUGACUGGAAUUCCUGCAAUUCCUGAUACCCAUUUGCCCCAAGAGGUUGAAGACAAGAUGGUUGAAACCGUCUUAACUGUUCCAGGAAUUUUUAGGGUCUUGUAUGAUCUGACUGCGAAACCACCCUGGACAAUGGAGUGGGAAUUAUUUGAUUUACGAACGUUUCUUAGGCAAAUGAUCUCCGCCACUCUUUACAGAACACGGAUACGGAAUUUUAUCACUGACCAGAUUUAGAAGGGAUAUAUUAUAAUAGUGGAUUCAGUAAAGACUUUGGAAAUUGAAAAAUUAAUCAGCUUUGUCGUCUCGUGAAAAUCUCUUAAACUGGCUUCUUAGGAAA